AACCCACCCGUGGGCUUUGUGAACAGAGGCCUCACCUCCAUAGGCCAGGGCGUCAUGUACCCUCUUAGCUCUACUAUGGCGGAUGACCACUCACUGGUGUGUGGGGACCCCGUGCUUUUCCCCCCCCUUAAAACACAGAACAGUCUCAGUCACAGGCCACCGUUUGAAUCCCCAGCCAAGGCCUUUGCCAGGCUGAAAGCUAAAGUGCUGAGAGAGCAGAUGUGUAAGGAGACUGAGAGCAAGGUUGGUUCUAGAGACAGGGAGACCCAAGAUGGGGGGCUUCUUUCUCCCAGGAAGAGGCAGCAUCCAUGGACUAUAGCUGAGCUGAAAGAGAACCAGGGUGUCUCCUUCUACCCCUAUGAAGCUGAGACCCUCACCCUCUCACCAACGAAAUCCCCCCCAAAAGCCUUCUCCCUUCCGUUUUCAAACUUCAGCUCUAAAGACCUCCCCCUUUCCUCCCCUGGUAAGGAUAUGGGGAGAGUGUUCAAGACUGUCAACAGAUUGUCCCCAAGGAAAGAGAUACUGGGGGCGUCGCCUAUGAAGGCACGGCCCCUGGCUAGCUCCAUGGAACAGCAGAGGCCAGCUCUUGAGGAGGACGUCUUCAGGGCAUCCUGCAGCGGGACACCGGUGAAGGUACAACCUCCAAGUUUGAAAUCCUUUGGUAGGCAUGCAGGAGGUCUAUCUGGAGACGUUGAUAUUAUGGAAAAUGGGCAUCCACAAACCACAUGCUGGAGCUCCAGUGAACCCUUUGCUUUGGAUAAGCUCCCUUUUGUGGGCUCUCCAGCUAAGAUGUUUGCUUCAAUGAAGGCGCGGCAGAGGCAGAAGGAGCAGAUGGGAACCUGCAUAGUCAGCAGCAGCACCCAGGAGCCCAGGAGAGGAGGCAAUGGUGUAUUGCGUUGCCGGUCCACCUCCACCCCUAUCCCCCAGGAAACAGAUGAGGACACCAGUGUGGACGCGGCUAGUAGCAUUGCAGGCACUGCCUUCACCGCUCCCUCCAGCGUGGGUGUCGUAGACAGCCAGUAUGAGUCUGACAUAGACGAGGGUCCUUUGGCCCCCUGCCCAGCACUGGUGGACGACCCACUGCUUCACGCCUCCCCUAGGAUAUCCAUCCCGAAGAAAUGCCAAGCAAUGUUCCUGUCCAAGAACAUAGCAGAGGCCGCAGGAAGGAGACACUGGCAGGAUAGCGAUCUGGAAGGGAUCCACCUGAAAGAGUGGCUCCUGAGCUUCAACGGCCGUGGCCUGUUUGUAGACGGACUCCGCAGGGAUAACAGCAUGCAGUGGCAUAGUAACGUCAUCACUGAGAGGGUCUCCAGUAACGUGGUGAAGACUGUUUCCGGAAACACCUACGUCUUGGUGGGCAAGAUGGCUCUGGACAGAACCACCACAUUACCAAGAUGGCUGCAGAAGAAGUUUAUGUUUGGCUUCCCCCUGAAAUGGAAGAUGUACUUUGAUCAGUUCCUAUCUGAAUCUCAACAUUUGGGUUCAGACAACACCAGAGGCCAGACCAAGACUCAGAGAUCAAUCAGCCUUUCUGCCACGCCCAAGUCUGCCAGACCUCAGAAAGCCAGGACCCCAAGGUCAGUUCCAGUUUGUCCCCCCAGCACCCACAAUCUGACCGGAGGAGCUAAGGUGUCGCGUAGUGGCCGGGUGAUCAAACCCCCCCUGGAGUACUGGAAGGGGGGGCGGAUCAUACUGGAUGCAAACAUGAACGUUACUGUGCUCCAAGGUUACGAAACUUCCAUCUGUGAACCGAGUGUAAACACAACUGUAGCCAAAGAGAAGAAGGCAAAAAAACCUGCCAAAGUGUUCCUCCCCUCGCCAGAUGACUCCAGUGAUCAAGAGGAUCUGGUCCUAGUGAGGAAGGUGAAGAUGGCCCACAGGCCUCAGCGCUCUAGAUCUAACCCUGAGAAGGAACCCUCUCACACCAACACUUCUCAAGGUUGCAACCUUCAACCCCGGGUCUUCAGCCUGCCACCUCAGAGGGCUGAAGCUGUCAUUCACCCAGACCAUGCUUCCCAACCCCUAGCCCCCCCCCAGCGUCGCUCCCAGCGGAACGCUGGCAGACAGAGCAGCGAGGAAGACUCCAGACCGUCCGGAGCGACGAGGAAACCCCAGAGCGUUCGGACGGAACCUCCCAAUGUCACACACAGCAAACGGACCAACCAGAAGAAGAAGAAGGAGAAGAGUGAUUGUGGUCAGGCGGAGCAGCGGGAUGUGGAGAGGGAGGCGGGGAGGCGUGCACACAGCCAGAGCACGGCUGAUGCCUUAAGGAGGAGCCGUAGGGGUCACGACCUCAGGGAGGUGUCGUCUGAAUCUGAUUGCAAUUUCACUUCAACAAAGCUCCGCAGCAGGAAGAAGUACAGCAGGGUGCUAAAUUCAGAUUCCGAGACCCAGUGCAGUCAGGUAUCCCUGUCCAAUCAUUCUUUUAAAUUCUCUGAAGACGAGGACAUGUCGCUGAGGAGUAAGAGGGGCAACAGCCAGAAACCAAAAGCUGUCGCCAAGAAUAAAACUGCUCCAAGAAGUCAAGCUCUGCUCAAGCCGGAACCCGAGCCCCAGGCUCAGGCGGAGCAGAGGGAUGUGGGGAGGCGUGCACACAGCCAGAGCGCGCCUGAUGCUGUAAGGACGAGACGUAGGGGUCGUGACCUGGAGGUGUCGACCGAAUCUGAUAGCAAUUUCACUUCAACAAAGCUCCGCAACAGGGUGCUAAUUUCAGAUUCCGAGACCCAGUGCAGUCAGGUAUCCCUGUCCAAUCAUUCUUUUAAAUUCUCUGAAGACGAGGACAUGUCGCUGAGGAGUAAGAGGGGCAACAGCCAGAAACCAAAAGCCGUCACCAAGAACAAGACCAAGGCUAAAACCAAGUCACCACCUGAGAAGCUCCAGGUGGACAAGCAGAGCACCAGGGUGAAGAAGAGCAGAGCUGGAGCCUCAGCGAACCCUCAAGAGGAGGAGGAGGAUGACGACAGGUGGACAGAGGCAGAACUCAGAAGACUGCAUGAGACGGUGACUUCCUUCCCCAAACACAUGGGUAGUUUCUGGCUGAACGUAGCGAUGGCGGUUCGUACCAGGUCAGCUGAGGAGUGUCAGGAGCGGUAUACAGCACAGAAAAGCUGCCCAGCCUCCUCUGUCAAGCCCAGGAAGAAGGAGGGCGCAGCCGCAAAGAAGGACCCAGUAGUGGAACCUCAGAUCACAGCCAAGGUGGGUACUCUGAAGAGGAAGCAGCAAAUACGCAACUUCCUGGAGCACAUGCCCAAAGACGACCACGAUGACAUCUUCACCAGUUCACCCAUGCAGAGCAAACGAGUCAAGCUGCCCACCGCUUCCCCCAGCUGGGGCGACAGUGUGUUCAUGUCUUCAGGCCAGGACCCCCAGACCCCCUGCUCGGCCAGCUUCCCCACUGUCAAGACACCGCAGUGUCUCCACAUCACCCCUGGCAUGAUGGGCUCUGUCAACAAAAAUGAUGAUAAGUACAUCUACCAGCUCCAGAAGAGGAUGAAGACAAGCCAAGCCCAGGUUUACAAAUACGUCCGCACAUCUAAGAAGUUCACACCGACUCCACCACUGAAACGUGCUGUGAAAAGAUGUGAUAUUCCAGAGGAGAAUGAUUCGUUUGUGAUCAGGGAGAUGUUCCCAGAUGAGAGUCGAGUUUCAGAUGAAGGUGAAGAAGAGGAUUACUACUUUGAUGAUGACUGAACAUACAGAUGAAUUACAGUUCUCUUGUGUUAUCUUUUUAAUCUCAGUAUUUCAAUUUUUUAAAUUGUCUGAUCAUAUCAUCUGGGGAUUGAUGACUAAAAUGUAUUCUGUCUAAUACUUGCGCUGUAAUAAAAUUGUGUUUUAUUAUA